GCUCCCGACCGUUUCUCCUCCCAUCACCCCACGAACGGAUUCCGCCCUUUAGCUCCCCGUUUCAUAAUCUUCCCCAAUCCGUAACAAUCAAGGUAGGGCGGGCGCCCUAGCUUGCCCUACUGGGUCCUCUGCCCGUGAGUAGCAGCAUGGCCGACCCAGGAGUCGAGCAGCGUGCGGCGCUGCUUGCCGCCGCCUCCGUCUUCCCUCUCCCCGACGGCGCGAGGUUCUCCUACGGGACGGCGGGGUUCCGCGCCGAGGGAAGCACCAUGGCCCCCGCGGUGUGCCGUGCCGGGAUUGUGGCGGCGCUGCGCUCUCUGAAGCUUGGCGGUGCUUCUGUCGGGCUGGUCAUCACGGCGUCGCACAACCCCGUGGGCGAUAACGGCGUCAAGAUCGUGGACGCCGAUGGGGGCAUGAUGUCGCAGGCCUGGGAGCCUUUCUCCGACGCCCUCGCCAAUGCGCCCAGCCCCGAGGCCCUUGUCGAGCUGGUUCUUCAGUUUGCGAAAGAUGAGGGGAUUACACUUGGUGGAGGUCCCUCGGCACAAGUUCUGCUGGCAAGAGACACGAGGCCUACUGGAGAAUACCUCCUUGACGCUGCAGUGAAAGGGAUAAAUGCAAUAAUAGGUGCAACUGCACUUGAUAUGGGGAUCCUGACAACUCCGCAGCUGCAUUGGAUGGUUCGGAGCAAAAACAAAUCCUUGAAAGCUUCGGAAGAAGAUUAUUUUACACAAGUUACAGAAUCAUUCAGACAUUUGUUGGAAUUAGUCCCUGAUGAUAAAUAUGGUGAUGAGCUGAACAAGAAACUAAUUGUGGAUGGUGCAAAUGGUAUUGGUGGCCUAAAGCUUGAAGAAAUAAAGACUAAGCUUACUGGAUUACAUAUUCAUGUGAAGAAUUCAGGUAAAGAAGGAGAAGGAAUACUUAAUGAGAGUUGUGGCGCUGACUUUGUUCAAAAGGAGAAGGUUCUUCCUCUUGGGUUUGGCCCUGAAGAUAUUGAUGUCAGGUGUGCAAGUUUUGACGGAGAUGCAGAUAGACUUGUUUAUUUUCGUAUUACAUCACCUGGCAACACUACGAUUGAUCUUGUUGAUGGUGAUAAGAUAUUAUCACUAUUUGUCCUAUUUAUCAGAGAACAGCUAGAUGCUAUCAACGGGAAAGACAAUCAAGAGAACAAAGUACUGCCUACAAGGUUUGGUGUAGUUCAAACUGCUUAUGCAAAUGGAGCAUCAACAGAAUUUCUCAAGAACCUUGGUCUUGAAGUUGCCUUCACUUCAACAGGAGUGAAAUAUCUCCACAAGAAAGCUCUAGAAUAUGAUAUUGGUAUUUAUUUUGAAGCCAAUGGACAUGGGACAGUGCUAUUCUCUGAUGAGUUUAUCUCACGGCUUGAGUCUUUGACUACUAAGCUUUCUUCAAUAGCUACAGGUUCUGCACAACACCAAGCUGCCUUGAGAUUGUUGGCAACAAGUCAGUUGAUUAAUCAAGCAGUAGGUGAUGCUCUAAGUGGAAUGCUUUUGGUAGAGGCUGUUUUACAGCACAAGAGAUGGUCAUUCCAGAACUGGUGUGACCUAUAUACUGAUCUGCCAAGUAAACAACUCAAGGUAAAAGUUAAAGAUCGAACUUCUAUUGUUACAACUGAUGCAGAAAGAAGAGUUUGCCAGCCGUCUGGCUUGCAAGAAUUGAUAGAUACGGAAGUUGCCAAUUACUGUCAUGGGCGAUGCUUUGUGCGGCCAUCAGGAACUGAGGACGUGGUACGAGUAUACGCAGAGGCAUCUACUAUGGAAGCAUGUGACAUCCUUGCAAAAUCUGUGGCACAACAUGUCGAGCGCAUUCUCGGGUGAUAGGAGAAACCACACAUGAUGACCGGGAUGCGAGGACAAAGCAUGCUUUACUAAACCAUGAGCCUCGCCAUUAGAUUUCCUAUUUUCAUGGCAUUCCAGCACCUCAUCAAAAAGCUUCAUAUGAUCUCUGAUCUCCAAGAUGACUGCAGUACUCUCUGCCAAGCCAAAAUGAAAUGCAUGACAAUGAGUAUUUUCUUGCUCCCACAUCAUGUGCCAGCGCUAGCCUCGAGUUUUGAAGGCUCGAUUAUGUCUCCAGGAGGAUCAGGAUCAGUGCUGAAGCACCAUUGUAUGCUCCAUCUUCAGUGCGACACAGUGCAGAUGACCCGCCCCAAUUAAUCGCCAUAUCUGUUCUUCAUUGAGAUUUGAGAGUUUGAGAACCGAAAGGAUUGAUCCAACGCAGCUUGUAUUGAUUGCAUUAGUGUACAUUCAUUGGAUUGUACAGAACUAACAUAUACACAAUCUAGCCAUGUAGAAAGUGGAGCGAUAUACAAUGCUCCAUGUACACAAGACUGGCGCAAGACCAGGGCAAACUAAGUGGACCUGGACAGUGUCGUGCUCGCUUACACCCACCGCAGACUCAGCGUCGUCGCCAGAUAUGAUGCUAAGGCUCAGGCUGGUAUGUUAUGAUGUCUACAAACUGCUGCGACGCUGGCUCAUGAAGAACUUGGACAUGAUGAAGGAAAACAUUCUCUCGUACAAAAUGGAUGUCCAGCUCGACAUGCUUCGUAAUGAUGUAGAAGUUUUGGUGACGAGAUAGAAGGAACAAAUGUUGCGAAGACACAAUGAAGCUCAAUGGCACAAUGAAGCUCGCCAGGUAAUUGUUGAAGCCAUGUAAACUCGCGGACAGCAUUGGCAACAGCUAUGUAUUCGGCUUCCUGCUAGAACGCGACACUACCGGCUGGUGCUCGGAAGACCAAGGAAACAAUAGAACUGGCAAAUAUAGACACUGUAGCCAAAAGUGGAACGACGUGCAUCGGAACACCUGGCCUAGUUAGCGUUUCUGUAGGCGACGAUAGGAUAAAUCGGCUACUUUUGGGGUCUCUCUCCCAGAUUCGAAUUUUGACUCCACGUGACCGGUUUUCUUCAGGACUUUUACAUGUCAAUAAAAUAAGCAUGGAUUAAUCCAUUUUUUUUCCUA